AUGGCGUCCACGCCCAUGGACCUCGACGCGCCCGAAUCCUCCCCAGCCAACGGCAUUCCCUCGACCUCGCUCAACGUAACGCGGACACUGGGCGCCAACCUGCCGAGCACCGCCGCUGUCACAGAUGUCAUAGCCAGCUUCCGCCCUACAAAGGUACCAUGCCGCCCUCCACUCGUGCCGCGACGAGAGCCCCUCCUGCAGCUAGGCCUGCGAGACUCUCCAAGGACAACACCGACCAAGAUCAAGUCAACAAGUGUGCUGGCUCAUGCCCCCCUGAGUAGUUCUCCGCUCAAGCAGGUGGCCGCCUGUUCCCCCUACCCCUCGGAUGAGGGCAGUCCCUCCAAGCCCUCGGCUUUUGCGCUUGCUACUCCCCAGCCCUGUGUGGAAGACCCGGCCGAUGCAGCUUCUGACAGUGAACAACAGCUCUUCAAGCGCGACAACCACAGGGAUGGCCGCCCGCCGCCCUACAUUCUCAGCCUGGACUACGAUGACCCGGGCGAGCUGCUCAUGACCUCUGAGAGCGACGAUACCAUCCAGAUCUACAAGGUCCGCGAGGGCCGUCACGACAAGCAACUUCUGAGCAAGAAGUACGGCGUCAAGCUCGCCAAGUUCACCCACACGAGCUCCAGCGUAGUCUAUGCGAGUACAAAAGUGAAUGAUGCGAUCCGGUAUCUUACAACCCACGACAACUCCUUCUUACGAUACUUCGAAGGCCAUGAAGGGGCUGUCACGUCGCUUGCCAUGCACCCUGGACACGACGACUUUAUAUCUUGCAGCAAAGACAACACGGUGCGUUUAUGGAACGCCAGCACCAAGAACGCGACGGGAAUGCUGCACCUCAACACCCCGUACCUCUCGGCCUUCGACCCCAGCGGCAAGAUCUUUGCCAUCGGGUCGCCAAACAGCGGCCAGGUGCUGCUCUACGACCACAGGAACUUUGACAAGGCCCCGUUCAGCACAUUUGACAUUGGCGAGACGUGCGUGUUCGCGGAUCCUGCUCACGUCCUGAAGGGCUGGACAAAGCUGGAAUUCUCCAACGACGGGAAGCAUGUCCUCCUAGGCACAAAGGGCAACGGGCAUUUCCUCGUUGACGCCUUUGAUGGGACCUUCCGGGCCUAUCUCCACAAACCCAACGGCGGCACGAGCAGACUGGCGGCCGGCGAGGACCCGGCGACGAAUGGUGCCUCCGCAGGGAACUCGAGUCACAUCGAGGGCAGCGGGGACUGCUGUUUCAGCCAGGACGGCCGGUACGUGAUCGGCGGCGGCGCAAACAACAAGCUCCUCAUCUGGGACACCCUGGGCCAGGUGGACGGCGACAAGACGCUUGAGCCGGUGCAUGUCCUCGCCAGCGAGAAGCCGCCGUCGGUGGUGGCCUUCAGCCCCCGCUUCAACUUCUUUGCCACGGCGGACCAGGAGGUUGUCUUCUGGGUGCCGGACCCGCAUGCUUAG